AUGGCUGUUAAGAAUCAUGGAGCAACAAGGGGCACACAUCCUCAGCAACAAGGGGCACACAUCCUCAACACAAGGGGCACACAUCCUCAGCAACAAGGGGCACACAUCCUCAGCAACAAGGGGCACACAUCCUCAGCACAAGGGGCACACAUCCUCAGCAACAAGGGGCACACAUCCUCAACACAAGGGGCACACAUCCUCAGCACAAGGGGCACACAUCCUCAGCAACAAGGGGCACACAUCCUCAACACAAGGGGCACACAUCCUCAGCAACAAGGGGCACACAUCCUCAGCAACAAGGGGCACACAUCCUCAACACAAGGGGCACACAUCCUCAGCAACAAGGGGCACACAUCCUCAGCAACAAGGGGCACACAUCCUCAGCACAAGGGGCACACAUCCUCAGCAACAAGGGGCACACAUCCUCAACACAAGGGGCACACAUCCUCAGCACAAGGGGCACACAUCCUCAGCAACAAGGGGCACACAUCCUCAACACAAGGGGCACACAUCCUCAGCAACAAGGGGCACACAUCCUCAGCAACAAGGGGCACACAUCCUCAACACAAGGGGCACACAUCCUCAGCAACAAGGGGCACACAUCCUCAGCACAAGGGGCACACAUCCUCAACACAAGGGGCACACAUCCUCAGCAACAAGGGGCACACAUCCUCAGCAACAAGGGGCACACAUCCUCAGCAACAAGGGGCACACAUCCUCAGUAACAAGGGGCACACAUCCUCAGCACAAGGGGCACACAUCCUCAGUAACAAGGGGCACACAUCCUCAGUAACAAGGGGCACACAUCCUCAGCAACAAGGGGCACACAUCCUCAACACAAGGGGCACACAUCCUCAGCAACAAGGGGCACACAUCCUCAGCACAAGGGGCACACAUCCUCAGCAACAAGGGGCACACAUCCUCAGCACAAGGGGCACACAUCCUCAGCAACAAGGGGCACACAUCCUCAACACAAGGGGCACACAUCCUCAGCAACAAGGGGCACACAUCCUCAGCAACAAGGGGCACACAUCCUCAGCACCAAGGGGCACACAUCCUCAGCAACAAGGGGCACACAUCCUCAGCAACAAGGGGCACACAUCCUCAGCAACAAGGGGCACACAUCCUCAGCAACAAGGGGCACACAUCCUCAGCAACAAGGGGCACACAUCCUCAGCAACAAGGGGCACACAUCCUCAGCAACAAGGAUAG